CCAUCAUCAGUCAAAAAGGAGAAAAUAGAAAGGAAAACUUCGUCGUCUUGACCACGGAGUGUGGAAGUCUAGCGUAUUAUUUUUUUUAUAUUUCGUAUGUUCACAUUUCAUACUGUAAAAAUAACGUAGUUAUUGUUCGUACGAUUUCAUGUAGCUCGCGAAAAAUUUGUUGAACAUUAGUGUAUAGUAACAGCGAAUGUAACAGUCAAACGGAACAAAGAAUUGUGCAAAAGGGCGAUCCUGUGCAAAAGAAGGGAAAAUACUUCUGAUAUUGCCGUCUGGUCAGCGGGAGUGAACGAGACAAAAUCAUCAAUCGUCUCAUUGACUGGAUCGUAGGUGCUGGCUCUUGCUGCUAAAAUAGUACCGACAGCUCAGGUGAAGAACCUGUCGUGAAGGAAAUAAUGGCGAAAACUUACGAUUACUUGUUCAAACUAUUGCUGAUCGGCGAUUCCGGUGUUGGCAAGACGUGUAUCUUAUUUCGCUUUUCCGAAGAUGCAUUUAACACCACCUUCAUCAGUACGAUCGGAAUCGAUUUCAAAAUUAGAACCAUUGAGCUAGAUGGCAAAAAAAUUAAGUUACAAAUUUGGGAUACGGCCGGCCAGGAACGCUUCCGCACGAUCACGACCGCCUAUUACCGAGGUGCGAUGGGCAUCAUGCUUGUGUACGACAUCACACAGGAGAAAUCGUUUGAGAAUAUCAAGAACUGGAUAAGAAACAUCGAAGAGAAUGCCUCGGCCGACGUAGAAAAGAUGCUGCUGGGAAACAAGUGCGAGUUAAACGAGAAACGACAGGUAACCCGAGACCGGGGAGAGCAGUUAGCGGUAGAAUAUGGUAUCAAAUUCAUGGAAACCUCGGCGAAGGCUAGUGUCAACGUGGACGAAGCUUUCUUCACACUUGCCAGGGAUAUUAAGUGUAAAAUGGAGAAGCGAAUGGAGGCAAACAAUCCACCUAAGGGAGGUCAUCAACUAAAAGCAUCUGAGCAACCCCGGAAGGCUCCGAGUUGGUUAUCGAAGUGCAAUCUGUUUUGACCUUGUAGUAGUCCUAUUACCUAUUGUAACUUUUUUAUAUAACAUACUAAAUAAUUACGAUAACUAUAAUAAUAACAUACUUGUGUAGGACACGACUAGACAGAAGGAAAGCAGAAGAAAAAAAAAAUCUUGAAACAUUGUGACCAGCAACAGAUAGAAGAAAAAAAACAACAGAACACAAAAUGCAGUGCAUUGCAUGACGCAGAAACAAGCUACACUACUCAAAAAUAUCGUUUUUUUUUGUUUUGUUUUCGUUAAUGCGUGCUCGAGUGUGCAAGAGGGCUUAGAACCAAAACUGGACCCCCGAACACAGUACGGAAGCGAGGUAAGGUUUUUAAUUUAUUUACAAUUACAUUUAAUGUAUGGGCGCAACAUUGGCGUGCGAAGGUCGUUAAAUAUACUUAUGAUGUAAAAAAAAACUGAUACGAGUGAUAAGACGAAUAGUUAUGGAACACAACACCCACUGAGGUCUAAAAUGACAGUAAAACAGAAAACACUAAAACAAUAGUAAAUAAGCCAAUUUAGUCUCAGCAACAAUAAUGCAUAACGUAAACAACUCACGCCCAUAAUGUCACGGUCGUUCAUCAAAAGGCUGGAAUGCAUGUUUUGCUUAAUAAAGUGUAAAGUUGGCAUUCUCAUCACAA